CUGAGAAGCUCAGUUGAUUCCUGCAGUUGGUCUGAAGCUGUCUGAUCAUGAAACUGUGGCUAGAAGCCCAUUUCCUGUUUGCGUUGCUGUUUGUGAGCAGCUCGGCUCUGACGCCUGAAUGCGAGGAGUUGGUCAAGCCUUUGUCUCUGAAUGACCACUCUAAGAUGUACGGCAGGAGGAACCUCCUCCUCGGCUACGUCGAUCAUGAUGGAUUUAGAACCCUCGUCAAGGAGUACGACAGCUACUGGAUGAACAUCACGGCGUCACCGUUUGGUGAAGAUCAUCUUCUCAUGAGUCAAGGGAACAGGAUAAAUGGAACUUGCUUCAGGUCAGAGUUGAACGUGACAUUGGAAGGAAACACUGCGAGAAUUGAAUUGCCUGGCUAUUCUGCAGAUCACCAAGUGCUGCCGUCCUGCGAUGGCUGUCUGCUUCUCAGUGUCAACAUCACCCUGGCAGACUUGCAGAAAGUCCUUGAAGGCCUGAGGGUCGAAGCCACAGUUGACAGCGGGGAGGCCACCGCUCACGGUCUUUACCUGAUGGCCAACGAAACGAUCGUGACGGACUCACAUCUGAAACAUUUCAAGAAAACGGCGCACUGCCUCGGGUUCUCUGGAGAACCAGACUUCCACUACAAUCCAGAGAAAGAUUUCUGUCAGGAAGGCAAAGGCAUCAGAAUAUAGAAACCCUGAUGUGAGAACAAACACUGAAACUGAGGAAAUAAAGAGACAACAAGCAUCUUACAACCUCAAA